UAACCGAGGAUGAGGAGGAGGAAGUGGGUAGGUUGGAGAGGAAGAGGGGUGAUGAGUUGAACAUCAUGGACCUCACCAGCGCUGCAUGCAUAGAGGCUGCUGAGCUCUAUGGGCCAAGCGCUAUGAGUGAAGCUGAUAUGAAUCAAUUUCUGGGCACAGCUGGAGGAAAGGCGAUCCCCAAGAAGCCAAGGAAGAAGUCAAGGACUUCAACCAGACAAGUGGAUGAGGGGAGAACUGGAAAAGAGGUGGUAGCUGCUGGUUCAGAGGAGACGGGGGAGGAUGUGCUACCAUUGAAGAGAAAGAGUUUGGAGGAGAGGGCAUUGGAGAAGAAGAGGAAGGUGGUGGAGGAGGUGGAGAGGAAUGAAGUGCCUGAGUUUGUACCUCGGCCUCCUCCUGUUGAGCUGAACCCAGAGCUCAGACGGUUGGAGGAGGGGGCUGAGGUACGAGCUCCUGGCAGGGGAAAGGGCCCUCUUCCUCCACUGGGGCCUCAGAGCAGCUUGUUCGAGGCGAGCAAUAUGAUGGGGGCGAGGUGGUUCAUUCACAACACCUUCCCCGAAGUGGACCAACGCUUCGCUCGGGAGGAAGCUCUGAGGUAUGGGGGAGCAUCUGUUGUGAAGCAUGCUCUUGAGAGGCAGUGUGACCAGCUGCAAAAGGAGAAGGAAGAGCUGGAAAAGAAGAAUAAGGAGCUGCAAGCGUCGCUGGACGAGGUGGUUCCAACUGUGAAGCAGUUGGAACAGGAGAGGGUUUCCUUGGGCACCAAGCUCGGCUUUGAAGAGACGAAGCGAAAGAUCUCUGAAAGCGAGCGCGAAGCUCUGGCAAAUGAAUUGAAGCUGACAAAGGAGGCUUUUCUGGAGCUGAAGGGGAAUGUGCAGACCUUGGUGCACAACGGGAUGAAGGAGCACAUCAGUAACUUCAUCAGCUCGAGCUCGUUUGACAACAUCGUCAACCUCUACCGACUGCCAACGGCCAUCAUCGCCUUCACGGACUGCAGAAAAAAGGUGAAGACUGUCUAUCCCGAAGUGGAUGUGACAAGGAUAACUUUUGGAGAGCAAGAA